CUACAAAAUCUGCAACAAUUCUCUCUUUUUCUCUCUCAAAGCUGAAACAGAAAUAUCAAGCGAUCCAUGGAAUCAUCAUCAGCAGCAGCAGCAGCAGCAAGCGAAGAGGGCUGCAGGGCAGCUAUCUGGUCGGCGACGACGAAUUGGAUCGCCGAUGGAUCUCUCGACGACGCUAUCUCCUUCGACACUUCGGAAGAGAUCGAGGACGAGCAAGAAGCGAAGCCUGUUCUCCUCCUGAGGCCUGAGACCGACGACCCCCCUCCCUGUGAGAUCACCAUUUGUUUCAGGAAAAAACAUGAGAUUUACAGGGUUUAUGUGCGUAGUACUGCCCGAGUGUAUGAGAUGUAUUACUCUUCUGAUCACGAGGAAAGUAAUAAGGAGUACCUGUGCACUGUUCGUUGUGGAGCUGCUGUAAAAGAAGUGCUAGCAGACAGUGUUACUGUCAGAGAUACUAACGGAUGCAAGGAAAGUCUUAGUAAUGGAAUUGUGGCAAUACCAGAAAAGGUGACUAGGAAUAAUAGCAAUAGUAGCGAUGAAGAUGGCUGGGUACAAGUCAAGGCUCCUAAUACCGUCAUGCAAGAUGGCAAAGAAUAUUCCGUGUCAAAGAACUGUGAUAAUGUCACGGAAAGUCCAAAAAUGCAGAUUCACUACGAGGCAACAGCUGAGAUUUCAGACUCCAGUCCUUGUUAUUAUCUUACACUUCGCCUACUCUCAAUUCAAACUAAGGCCUGUGUUCAUGUGGAGGAGAUCUAUGUAUAUGCUGAUCCUGUUGAAUCAUCUGACUCUGAUCCACCUGUUUCCGCGAGUGAGAACUUGGGAGGAAGUUCUUUAUUGUCCAUGCUAGUUCCUAGCCUCAUGCAGCUAUCAAAAUCAGAGAAUAGGCAAAAUAAUUGUUUCUCCAAAGAGGCAACAGUGUUAAAAUAUCAGAAUGGCAUUGAGAGAACAGAUCAGACAGCUAGCUUAGGUGUGGAGAAUUCUGUGGCGCAAGAAACGUACUCUUGCAAGUCACUAGAUCAGGAACGAACCAAUAUAAAGUCAGAUGUACGAUUGGAAUCAAAGAAGGAAGUCUCAGCUCUGCACCAGAUGCCAAAUUCUUUUGAUCAAAGUAAUAAUUGGGCUUACAAUCGUCUUGAGAAGGUAUUGGAUGAGUUGGUUCUAAAAGUAGGAAGAGUAGAAACGUUCUGUUCAAAGUUUGAAGAGAACAUGUUGAAACCUCUUAGUUGCAUGGAGCAAAGGCUUCAGGAGAUGGAACAGAAGCUUGAUGCAUUGGCUGUAAAGAAUCAAUCUUCUGAGCAAUGUCCUUGUUCCAGGGUUUCUGCCUCAGAAUCUAAUGGAUAUGAUGUAAAAAACAACAAUGGAAAUACCAAAGACACAGGAUCCGGAGAGGAUACAAGUUCUGUUGCCGUAUCAUCGCCAGGGAAUAUGGUGGAACCUUCUGUUGCUGUAUCUCAAACUCGCCCAGGUCUGACAAUAAAGGCACCAGAAUUUCUGAAUGAAGACGAUGACUGUUCUAACACAGGAGAUACUGUAGAUCCAUUCAUUGAGGACUUCCCUAAAAGUAAAAAGCCUUUGUCUAUUGACAGUGUCUUAGAGUCAUCUCUGGCAGCAUUCCUGACUUCAACCGCUGCUAAAUCUCUUGAUUCUAUCCCGAAUCAGACGACACUUCCUCAGGAGUCGGUUAAUAGUAAUAACAGUGCCUUGGACAACUUGGUUACCAACUCUUCAGAAAGAGUUGGCUGUGACUCUUUGGGUGCCACAAGGAAAAGAACCUGUUUUUGUGAUUCGUUAGUGUGUCCGCGUAAUUUAGAAAUGGUUAACCUGAAUAUGGUGACAGAAGGCACAACUUUUGAUGACUCAGAUAUAGUAGCUAAUUUGGAUGUGUUCUCACCUGCUUGUCCUUCUGAAGCAAAUUCAGGUUCCAUAGUUAUGCCAUCGGAGUUCUUGAAUAUGUAUAGUUCUUCUAGUUGCAAUGACACUUUAAAUUCACCUGAUUUGGAUUGCACUGAACAAUGUCCCAAAAUCAUUUGUGCUAGGUUCAGUGCCCCUUCAGAGAUUUCUAGUAUUGGUAGCAAUGACUUGUCUGCCUCAACAACUACUGUUUGUGAUGGAGCUGAUGUGUCACGAAUCGAGAAUCAGGAAGAAAAUGAGAUGAAAGAUGAGGUCCAUUUGGAUCCUAUACUGAGCAUGUCGCAUUUUGAAGAUACCUUUGAACAAGUAGAUCAGACUGGCGUGGAAAGGAGUCAAGGGCUUUCAAUUGAGAAAGCUGGUGGAGAGCUUGCUACAGACUUGCAUGACGGCACAUUAACUGACUUAAAUGAAGGAGUCAGUCAGAACUGCCAUGAUACGAGCAGUGCUGACAACGGUGAUGUUGAGAAAGCUGCUCUUCAUGACUCCGAUGAGCAUAGCAGAGAAUUGAUUGAAGAUAGAGGGAGUACUUGUUCAAGCUUUCACGAAACCGAUCCAGCUUUUGACGUCAAGAAAUCUUUCAGCCAUGCUGAUGAUACUGGAGGCUUUAGCCAGGAGAAAUCAAACAAGGAACUGGAAGAGACGAUAUUCAAUGUGAACUUUACUCACGAAAGUAACUGGGUCAGUGGGCUGCCACUUGAGCUCCUGCUCUGUGGGGCGCCUGAUGGUAAAUUGCCUGUAGUUUCUACUGCAGGUGGUGAUAAGGAGCAGCUGAAUAAAUUGUCAUCAUCUGGAGGCAUAAACUGCGAACGCGAUAACAAUGGAGUUUUUCUUCCAGAGGUGUCAUCACAUCCAGAGGGUCCACUGUGUGCCGGGAAAUAGGUUUAUGGCCAUUCCCCAAUGUAAUCUUGACACUGAAGCGAUAUACUGGUAUGUAAUAUUCACGCAUCAUAACUUCGAUAUCCUUUUGAGUUUCCCUGUGAACGCUAUUGUAUCACGAUGUCCUACUUCAUUGGCUUGCCUUUCGGGUUAUAUGCAAGGCUGCCGAAGCUUGAAUUCCCAUAAUGUGAGGUGUUGUUUGUUUUUGUAAGAUACUUUGUUUACUGCUUAUAGCUUGUAUAUAUCUCUAAUAACAUGAAAAAAUGUCUUGAGAUUUAUGGG